AUGGCGAGUCGUAGAGACAGAACACAACAGCUCCGUGGAUCUCGAAUCGCGAUCUCCAUCCUCAUCGGUAUCAUCAUCGGCUGCGUAUGCGCCUUCAUGUUCCCAAACGGUUUCUUCAACUCAAACUCGUCUCUUACAGUUAACGAACACGUCCAGGUUUCAUCGUCUUGUGAAUCCUCCGAACGAAUCAAGAUGCUAAAGUCAGACUUUACAUCUCUCUCUGAGAAGAACUCAGAGUUAAAGAAACAGGUCAGGGAGCUAACUGAGAAGCUGCGUUUAGCUGAACAAGGAUCAGACAAUGCAAGAAAACAGGUUCUGUCUUUAGGAUCACAGAUAAAGGCUGGUCCUUUCGGAACAGUCAAGAGUUUAAGAACAAACCCAACUCUCCUCUCUGACGAAUCUGUAAACCCAAGAUUGGCUAAGAUUCUAGAGGCUAUCGCUGUGGAUAAAGAGGUGAUUGUAGCUCUUGCAAACGCUAAUGUGAAAGCAAUGCUGGAAGUUCAGAUCGCUAGCGUUAAGAGAUUAGGUAUAAAGAACUAUCUUGUAGUGGCAUUGGAUGAUUAUAUAGAGAGUUUCUGUAAACAAAACGAUGUUGCUUAUUACAAGAGAGAUCCAGACAAGGAUGUAGACGCUGUCGGGAAGACAGGAGGGAACCAUGCUGUCUCCGGCCUCAAGUUCCGUGUGUUAAGAGAGUUUUUGCAGCUAGGUUACGGUGUUCUCCUCUCUGAUGUAGACAUUGUCUUCUUGCAGAAUCCCUUUAGGCAUCUGUACAGAGACUCUGAUGUUGAGUCAAUGAGUGAUGGGCAUAGCAACAUGACUGCUUAUGGAUUCAACGAUGUGUCUGAUGAGCCGGCCAUGGGGUGGGCUAGGUAUGCUCACACCAUGAGGAUAUGGGUUUUCAACUCCGGGUUUUUCUAUCUGAGACCUACGGUUCCUUCAAUAGAGCUGCUUGAUCGGGUUGCUGAUAGGUUAUCAAAGGCAAAGCUUUGGGAUCAAGCGGUUUUUAAUGAGGAGUUGUUUUAUCCUUCGCAUCCUGAGUAUGUUGGGCUGCAUGCUUCAAAGAGGGUGAUGGAUAUGUAUGAGUUUAUGAAUAGUAAGGUUCUUUUCAAGACUGUGAGGAAGGAUGAGGAGCUGAAGAAGAAUGUGAGGCCGGUGAUUGUUCAUGUGAAUUAUCAUCCAGAUAAACUUGAUAGAAUGAGAGCAGUGGUUGAGUUUUAUGUAAACGGUAAGCAAGAUGCGCUUGAUAGCUUCCCAGAUGGUUCUGAAUGAAACUUUACUUGAAAAGCAGAGUAGAGUUAAAAGUUAAAUAUUUCCUCACAUUUUGUGAUUCUAGUUUUACAACUUUUACUUUUACUUAAUUGUUUCCAUGUUAAAUGCUCCAUGCCUUCUGUUUUCUUUUUUGUAUUAUGAGUUUUGUGUAAGUUAUAGCUAAAAGUUUCAACUCUUUUUAUAUUUUUCCCCAGUUUCAUUAUAUAAGCUAGGAACCUUUUUU